UUGAUGUUGGUGUCUCAUUAUCUGACUGACUACCAUGAAGGUAAAUUUAUCUUGAUUUCAGUAGCUCUACUCUGAGUACACUUAGUUAUUUGAGUCACAGAUAUAUUAAUUAUCAUAUAUUUUUUCCACUCUUCUUUGGCUUCCUAAACAGAGUCACACUUGCUAUCUUCAGAGUGACCAUGGCCAACCUGACCUCGAUGAGUGGAUUCCUCCUCAUGGGGUUUUCUGAUGACCAUAAGCUUCAGAUUUUACGUGCGCUGCUGUUUUUGGUGAUAUAUCUAUUGGCCUUGACAGGCAACCUCCUCAUUAUCACCAUCACUACCUUGGACCAUCACCUCCAUUCCCCCAUGUAUUACUUCUUGAAGCACCUCUCUCUUCUGGACCUCUGUUUCAUCUCUGUCACAGUCCCCCAGUCCAUUGCAAAUUCACUUAUGAACAAUGGCUACAUUUCUCUCGGUCAAUGCAUUCUUCAGGUUUUCUUCUUCAUAGCUCUGGCCUCAUCAGAAGUGGCCAUCCUCACAGUGAUGUCUUAUGACCGGUACGUAGCCAUCUGUCAACCACUGCAAUAUGAAACCAUUAUGGACCCCUGGGCCUGUAGGCAAGCCGUGAUAGCUGUGUGGGUUACUGGGGGCCUCUCUGGGCUGACACACACAGCAAUUAACUUCUCUGUCCCUCUCUGCGGGGACAGAGUCAUUCACCAAUUCUUCUGUGAUGUUCCUCAGAUGCUGAAACUAGCUUGUUCUUAUGAAUUCAUUAAUGAAAUUGCAGUGGCUGCAUUCACGACCUCGACAGCCUUUUUCUGUUUGAUCUCUAUUCUGCUUUCCUACACGCGUAUCUUCUCCGCAGUGCUGCGGAUCCCAUCAGCCCAGGGCCGGACCAAGGUCUUUUCUACCUGCCUACCACACCUACUUGUAGUCACUUUCUUUCUCUCAGCUGCGGGCUUUGAGUUUCUAAGGCCACCUUCUGAUUCUCAAUCAGCUAUGGACUUCAUAUUCUCCAUAUUCUAUACUGUGGUACCUCCGACCCUCAAUCCCGUUAUCUAUAGUUUACGGAAUAAAGCCAUGAAGGCAGCGCUGAGGAAGGUACUGUCGAAAGAAGAAUUUGCUCAGAGAAAGAAGUACUUUAAAGCCAUUUUUCAACUCUGAAGGACCAUACGAGAAA